CCUUAGAGUAAAAUGAGCACCUUAGAUGUUGCCAGAGCAGAGCUUGCACUUGCAGUAUUGUAUUUGAACAAAGCAGAGGCAAGAGACAAGAUAUGCAGGGCUAUACAAUAUGGUGCAAAAUUCCUGAGUGAUGGACAGCCUGGGACUGCUCAAAAUGUCGAUAAAUCGACUAGUUUAGCAAGGAAGCUAUUCCGUCUCUUCAAGUUUAUCAAUGAUCUUCAUGCUCUUAUUAGCCCAAAUGCCCCAGGAACCCCACUUCCACUCAUCUUGUUGGGAAAGUCGAAAAAUGCAUUACUAUCAACUUACUUGUUUCUGGAUCAAUUUGUCUGGCUUGGAAGAUCAGGCAUUUACAAGAACAAAGAACAAACGGAGUUAAUUGGCAGGAUCUCUUUCUUUAGUUGGAUGGGAUCCUCAAUUUGUACCGCCUUGGUGGAGAUUGGAGAACUUGGAAGGCUUUCAUCAUCGAUGAAAAAGUUAGAAAAGGAACUAAAGAAUACUGAUAAAUAUAAGAAUGAGCAAUAUCGAAGUAAGCUUCAAAAGUCGAAUGAGAGAUCUCUAGCCCUGAUUAAGGCAGGCACAGAUAUAGUGGUUGCUGUUGGAUUACUUCAACUGGCACCCAAGAAAGUCACCCCUCGUGUAACGGGAGCCUUUGGAUUCGUUAGCUCGCUGAUUUCAUGUUAUCAGUUGCUUCCGUCACCGGCAAAGGACAAAGCGUCCUGAUAAAGGUCUGAUGCUGCUCAAGAACAUUUCCCAAUUC